AUGGGCGACCGUGGAGGCUCUCCUUCCCAAUUGGAGGUCCUUCAGACACUUGCAGGCUUGUAUGAACUCGUGGGACAACAUUCAAGCCACAAAACCGGUGAACAAAUCAAUUGGGCUCAUAGGUUUUUGAACUGGUUUAUAUUCGAUUAUCCUAGGGAUGUCGCGUUUAGAGGUGGUCCGGAGCCCGACAGAGAUUUUGUAUCUUGCCCUCUCUGCAGCGUUUAUGAUGCCGAUUCUGGUGGGAGAGAAAGGUCUUCGAGUUCGGAGACGGUAGACCAUGAGGAGGAGACUUGUGAAGAGAGAUAUUAUGCUAAAACGCCUGGGAAGGAAGUUGAACCCAUAGAUCAUAGUGAAAAUCCAGGCCGCGAGGAGGAAGAUGGUGACGACAGAUAUUAUGCCGAGACGCCCGGGAAGGAAGUUGAAUCCAACGAAGAAAAUGAAAAUUCAGGCCGUGACGAGGAAGACCGUGAUGAUAAAUAUUAUGCCGAAACGCUGGGGAAGGAAGUUGAACUCAUGGAAGAAAAUGAAGAGCCAGGCCGUGACGAGGAAGACCAAGAAGAGGAAAACCGGGAAGAGGAAGACAGUGACGACAGAUAUUAUACCGAAACGCCGGGGAAUGAAGUUGAACCCAUCGAACAAAGUGGAAAGCCUCUUCAAGAAGCCGAUAUCGAAUUAUAUGAUCUAUGGGCCAAAUGUAUACGAGCCCAUGUAGAACCAUGGAAACCAGUGAAGGCAUCAGGAGCUCAAGCCAACUUAGUAAUCGAAGAGUCCUUGAUGUUUAGACAAGCUGAAUGGGAUGCCAAAGCUGUCAUUUGGGAUCAUCACGAUCGAGACGCUCUUGGUCCAGCUCGGCCCCCAGCAACGCCUCUAGGAGAAGCCGCCAAGAUAUAUGAAAACCAUCGAAACCGUCUGGAGGUUUCACCCUUGGAUACGGUUGUAGUCGAUCGUGGUACGGAGGAGGAAUUACGCAUCAUGUUUGGAAAAAUCGAGAGCAUAAUUGAAAACCUCAAUGGAAGAAAUCGUGACAGGAUGAAGGAAAAGCUCGGUAAUUUGACAGAACAAAAGUCAAAGAUUACAGCCGCUUACGCGUUAUAUGAUACCCAAUUGAGAUAUACGAAAUUACAAACUCGUGUGCUGUUGAGAGGGAUAGACAAAGCAGUCGAAUGUAUGGUAAAGCUCUCAGGGAGCGUAACUAAGUCGUUGAACAAGCUGGAAUACGCAUUGAAGGAGAAUGUAUCUCGAAAACGAAAGUUUUACGACACAGAAACCGAAAUGCAGACAGAGGGACGGACAACAUCCGAUUAUAUCUGGACGGACGGCCGCUAUUUACACGCAGAGACGCCCGGGAAGGAUGACGAGAACGAGAAAGAGAACGAGGAAAUGAACGAGGACGAGGAAAUGAACCAGGACGAGGAAAUGGACGAGGAGGAAAUGGACGAGAACGAGAGCGACCCACAGCCAUCAACCGACAGAGAACCAUAA